GCGCCUCAGCGCUGGCCGGCCGGCCGCUCCGCCCCUCGCCCGCCCGGAACUUUCCCGUGCAGGCGUGACUCGGCGGCGCUCAGCCUGCGCCGGCACAAGCGUCUCGGGCAGGGCUGGCAGGUGGAGCGAGAUCGCGCUGCCUCUCGCCCGCAGCCCCGCCGCGGAGGGACGAACACGGCCGCCCUCGAGCGGGGCAGGGACAGAACGGCGCUCGGUGAGUAAGUGCGUGGCCGGUGGCGAAGGAGGAAGGCUGCGAGCGCGACGCCGGCGCUGCUCCCCAGGGGCUUUCCCCCUGUUUCUGCUCGGCGCCUUGUGCUUUUCUGUUGUUCUUCGGCUUUGUUUUAGUCUAUGGGAUUUCACAUAUUGCUACCUGGACUACGAUGUAUGCUGGCAUAUAAGCCUCGGUUGCUAUGUUGACGGCUCAGCUUCAUUGGCGUAAUCCUAAGCACAUUUAGUCAGAGGGAAAAUCCUACAACUGCAGGCAUUCCCCAUCUGGAUUUUUUAUUUUUUGGUGGUCUAAGCUCGUAUAGAAUUGCCCCCUUAAUUUGAAAAGGCGUUUAGGCGUUCGCAGCAAACCUGUGGCGGAGGCAGGCUACUUGUAAUUCCCAUUUUACAGCAGGGAAAGCUGCGGCUGAGAGCAAAAUAGGAUUGCUGGCUGAGGUUGGCUUAGACAUACGGUUGUUUUUAUGGAACUCGAUGAAUCUUGCCUCUGAAUGUAACCUUAAAGCAGUUCUUUUUUCAGUGUGACCCUUAAAUCGGUAUCUGCUAAAGACUUAUUUGCAUUACAAAUGCCUUCUUGUCUUCCCCAUUGGAAGUCAUCAAGUUUCAUCUUAGAAGCACGAAGGCAAUUCUAACGUCCUGGCAGAGGACGAUGGAUAUUAGUGUGAACUAGGAAAUCCCCCUGCUAACUCCCAGUCACUAGAUGACUUUAGGUAAAUUCCUUGCCCUUUGGCCUCGAACGGAGCCCACCCCGGUUGUAACAUGAGAAUAAUAAUAAUGUUCUCCGGUAUAGGAUUGUUGUAAGAAUUAUUGAGAGGGUUUGUAUGGAGUUUUUCUCUCUGCAGCAAAAUGCUAAGGGGUUGUUCUUCCCGUGAUUUUUAACAGCAGAGGCUGCCUACUGUAAGUGUGCUUGAAAAUCAAGUGGUUUCAUUCCAUAGAAUAUUAACACAUUCUUAGCACAGCGUCUCUUAGUUUCGUGCUCCACAAUCACCACAUUCCAGUAGAUGAAAUACACUCACUUGGGAGAUGCAGAGUUUGUCACCAGUCAUGUCAACAAAUUCUUUGAUUAAAAACAAAGACAAUUUGGCACCUUUUGCUCAGAGGACACAGUGCAUUGAAUCCAUGCCAAGGUAGCUGAAGUUGAAAUCAGUGGGACAACCUACUAAUGAUUUGACUUGAAGUCCCAUUGAUUUCAGUGGGAAUUGAGCUUGGUGAUGAUCCUGAUGGUGCAUUUCCAGAAUAAUGCAAGUAGCACCAGAGACAACAGAGGAGGGAAAAGACAGUGCAGGGGUGGGGGGGGGGGGCAGCAUUCUCCAGCCUGGGCCCUUCCAGAUGUUUUGGACUGCAUCUCUAGUAUUUGUGGUCAUUUGUCAUACCAGCUGGGACUUUACGUGCUUGCAUGAAAGGGAAGCCAAAGGGAAAUUAAGUUUUGGAGGAGAGAUGGGGCAGCAGCGUUCAGGUGUUUGGAUAGAGAGAGAGAGAGACCAUAUUGUUUGCACAUUAGAACUUUGGAUGGGGAUUGAGAAGCCAAAACAAGGAGGGGAGAGAGAGAACUUGAAAGAGGCAGCAUUGCAGAAGUUGAAUCAGUAAAAAUUGCAUGCAGAAGUUGCAGGCAUUUCUUUUCAGCUUGCUGUUUCUUCUUGGCUUUCCUCAUAGGUGAAUUUGUAUCAAGAAGAGUGACAGGCAGAGUUGAUCAGCUGCUCCCCUGAGCUAACUGGAAAGUGAAAGUCACCUUUUUCUGUUUCUUUGGGACAUUUCACUGGGGAAUUCUGGCUUUCUAAGAAGGCUCUGCACCUAUGUCUCCAUGGAUAUUUCUUUGAGUGUUUGAGACUCCUGAAUUUCCCAGGAAAAGUAAGGAGCUGGUAUACAUUUGGCAAACCUUCCCCAACCCAAUGCCCUCUAGAGGUGUUGGACUGCAGGUUUGUCAUUCCCAAGCAGCACAGCCAGUGGCUGUGACUUGGUGGCUGCAGCCGAUCACGUCUGGAAGCCACCAGGUUGGGAAAGGCUGCGGUGCUACCAUUGCCAUUUGAGGAGAGCUUGUCCAAGAGCGCUUUGGAUGCAAAAGGUCCCCGGUUAGGAUGAUAUCAGCAGCUCCCCAAGACCACAAACAGGUUUUUCUCAUCUUUAAUAGUCAAUAAUAUAGAGUGACUGAUGCUAAUCUAGGAAGAAGAAUGCGCUGCCUCAGUAAAAGGCAGCCUCCUAUGUACAGAUGCCUAGCUGGGAAGCAGGGAUAGUAUCAUCUGCAAAGUUUUGCCUUGCUUUUUGAGUGGAGUGGGUCAAAGCAUGUUCACAGCCUCAGCCUCCCAUGCCGUGGCUGUCUGGAUGCUCCGGUCCUGAGUCACUUGCUCAGAGCUGGUUGCAUGAAUCAGAAACGUAGUAACCAAGAAGGAGGAGGUUCUUGCUUCAGCAAUGAGGUCAUGCUUUUGCUCAAGGGUGGUGUGCAGCACCUGUCCCAUAUAUGCUUGCUCUUGUCUUGCUUCAUGGCUCUGUUGCUUCUAGAAAGCAGGGUCUGAAGAUCUAUAAUGCAGGCAUUCUCUGGAAUUUAUAGAUCCUUCACUCACAAUAGAACUGAAAUUCCAUGAAAUUGCUCAAGCUUUUGAGUUCUGAACUCUAUCAGAUUAGGUGGUACAAAACAGCAAAGUGUGGGUGGAAGAAGUGGAAAAGUCCAUAGACAUCUGACCAGAUGAUGUUGGCUUUGUGGUCUGCAGUUUAGAUAGAUCAGGGGUGGCAAGCUUUUUGCCCUCCAGAUGUUUUUGCUUACAACUUCCACCUGCUCUAGCCAGAACAUUUGAGGAAUGCUGCUCUACAGCCAGUGGCUGGCCCAACUAAAAUCCUUUUAAGUGACUGAGGCCCAAUUCUAUCCCUGCUUAGACAGAAAAGGGUCCUACAACAACCGGUUGUGUGGUCUGGGGAACGCUGGGAGUUAUACAACGCUUUGUGUCUGAGCUUGCAGUCUUUGUGGUGUGCAGAUGGUUGCAAAGGUUGGAUGCACCCCACGAGGCCUGAAAUAACCUCUCUUCACGUGUCGUGGCCUUUUUCAGGAAGUCACCCCACCCUGUCCACGUUCAGCAAAGGGGAGACAGAAGCUCAGAAAGGCCGUGCUGUGGUUCAGUUGCUUCAGCUUAGAACUGAUUUUGGGAGGGGAAAGGGUGGAAUGCAAAUCAGUAAAUGGGUGGAAACGCUGAAGGAGCUAUUUGUGUUGCUGCAGUCUGGACACUGAGCAAGAACGACUCCAGGAGUCUCUCUACUGGGCUUGUCAGCACUCAGCUCACAGGCCACAAGUGCCACAUGGCCGCCAUCACUGCUCUGCUGCUGAAUCUGCCAUAGGGACGACCCCCCAUUUCACUUUAAAAUGAGGUGUGCAGUUCUGUCAAGGGGUCCCCCACUCCCCUUGCACAAUGGUUGCCAUUUAGCUGCAGAGGGAAGGGCUGUACCACUCAGGUGAAUGUAAAACUAGUAGAAGGCCGACCCAUUCUGCAGCAUGGAUGCCCCUUCUCAGAAAUGGCUUGGCCCUUCCCAGAGCUUUGGGGCAGAGAACCAUAAAAGGAAUAGACAUUUUCUGUGGUCAGAUGACAUCCAUGAGUUGGAUUCUGAGGCCCAUGAACCGAAGGAAGACGGUCUACUUCUGCACAGUGCAAGUGGAAGGGUGCUCUUAUCAUCAUUCAUGUGCUGCUUGUGGCUUCUUGUGGAGGCAUCUGUUUGGGUCAUGCGUGGACAGGAUGCUGGGCUAGAUGGAUGUUUGGUCAGGUCCAGCACGAAUCUUCCUGCACCCUGAGAGCUCCCUGCUGGUCUGCCCAAGGAUUGUUGAUCUGGCAUCACCCUAAAUUGACACAGUUGGGUUCACUGAUCAGACAAACCAGGCAAAAUACGUCGAUAGCAGUGCCAAGGGCUGCUUUCUUAUCCACUGCCAGAUUAACCUUUGCAUUGCCAUUUUAGGCAUGCUGAUGAGAACAAUGGAAGUUGGAGGCCAAGGUUCACUUGGCAAGCCCCUGAGCUCAGGUUUCCUAGGCAUGUGACCUUGAUGCAUUUAGAAUCCCUCCUGUGACCUUGUUACACAUGAAAUUCCUGGGAACUUACUGCCGAAUCAGCACUUGUUGGAGAAGUAGAAGGUCAAACUAUUCUGUAGAAUUCUCAACAGUGGCACCAGGAUCCUGUAGCGUUAAAGAAGCACUAAAGGAGUUCUUUCACUGGUGGUAUCAACCUGUGCACAGUAGUCAUCUGCUGUAAGAGUUGACUGGGGAUUGUGGGAGUUGUAGUCCAAAACAUCUGGGCCGCAGGUUGAGUAAGUCUGUUACAAGGUACACAGCAAAUGUUAUACAGCAAAGGGAAUUGUGCCAUGUUCAAAGCUAAAUGGCACUGGUGAUUUGACAGCUCUUUAACAGCUGCAGUGUGCUUCUUCUCGAUUCACAGAUGCCAAGAAGCCCUACCAGUGCUGUCCUUUUACUGCCUGUGAUAUUUGAUUAAUUCUACAUCUCUGAAUUUUAUAAAUUGUAAGAUCUCUUUGCGUACAAGGAAGUUUUGAUCUCUUACUUGCGAAGUAAGUCUAGGGAGUUAUUUCUGAAGUUUAGGGAUUUUUUUCUGUUCACCUGGCAAGCAGGAUUCUCUUUGUAUAUCUCAGUUCCUGGAGUGCUAAAGGGGAACUUGCAUUAAACGUUCCAACUGGGAGCAUUAUUUUAGCCUUGCUUACAUUGGCCAGGCUGAGGGUGGGGCAUAUAUACUAGCCUUCAUAUAUAUCCAACUUGAUGCCUUUCAGAUGUGUUUGACUACAAUGCCCAUGUUGGCUAAGGAUGGUGGGAGUCUCUCUUCUCUGGAGAGAACCAGGCAAAGGAGGUUAGGGGCUUGGGACAAACAUGUCUUUAGGCCAGGGAUGGGCACCUUGUGGCCCUCCAGUUGUUUUGGCCUAUAACUCCCAUCAUCCUUCCAAUUGGCUAUGCUGGCUAAGGCUGAUGGGCAUUGCAGGCCAAAACAUUUGGAAAGCCAUAAAUUGCCCACCUCUGCCUUAAGUAAAACCAUAGCCAGCAGCUUUCGGCCAGACUGGCCAUUGUCCCGAUUCUGUGUGUGCAGGCUUUAAUAUACACAUAACUGCAUCACUUUGGAUCGUAUAUUUCAGGGACACAGCAAGUGCUAGAUGUGAAGUGUACCAAUAUGACAUUUGAGUUGCAGGACUAGAGAGCCAAAGCUGCAAAAGUAAGCAAGGCAAAACAUCUGGACACCAUAAAAGCAUAGAUGACUUGGGAAAACCAUCCUAAAAUAGGGGUUGGAAAUGAUGGAACUUAAAUAGUUAGAAACACUGUGAAGGGGUUCACAUAAUUGAUUUUUUUCUUUUCUUGAGAGAAUACCCUCCCAUUACAUAGGUAGCAUGGCACCUCUGUCUUAGGAACCUAUGACAUCGUUAGUCUGAACAAUCUGAGAACUGGUGGUGGUGGUGGUGAGCUUCAGCGCUAGACUCCUUACUCUGCUUUGAAAUGGCAUCAUAUGGUUGAAAUCAGCCUGCCAAUGAGUGGGGCCUUCCUUCUUCCGUUCAUUUCCAUGUGUGUUUCUCAUCCCUGCCUCUUCCCUUUAUGUUUGACCCAAUUCCUGAGCAUUGCUAACUGCUCCCUACAGAGGUACAUUUGGGCCUGAUCUCUUUGCUGAUGUGGGGCUGCCACACUCAGCCAUAAUAUAAACCUUUGACUUAGAUUCUGUUGCUCCUGUUCUCCCAGUAUCCCAAGAGGAAGUUCUGCCAGAGCUCUCUAGCCCAGGUGAUGCAGAUAAGCAUCUUGGCCAGAAACCAGAGCUAGGCAUGCUGCCAUAGCUGGGCAUGCUGCUCACCGUCUGACAGCUCCAGUAGAUCAGGUAUCACCUGUCUGACCUUGGGAGCAGGUAACUGCUCUCUCUCUCUCUCAUUCUCUCUCUCUCUCUCUCUCUCUCUCUCUCUCUCUCUCUCUCUCAUUCUCUCUCUCAUUCUCUCUCUCUCUCUCUAUCUGUGUCACUGUCCAGUUGUCAGACAUGUGAUCGUGUUGAGCAAGCCAGGUGAGUCAAGAGACAUUCAGGCAGAUAGGACAAAAUGUAGCCCUCUUUCAAAGGAAGGUCAUUUUUUUUGUAUUUAUUUUUCAUUGUGCAAUACAAAAAAAACCAAACCACACCAUUACAAAAGACAAGUGGCAAUAUUUGCAUAGUACUAAGAAAUAGUUCCAUAGCACCAGUUACAUUUAUAUUGUGCGUUUAUUUAUUAUUUGAUCUUGUAUACCUAUAUGUUAGUAUGUAGCAGAGCAUACUGUUGUUAUUAAGAAUAAUUACACAUAUACUUGGACAAAGGCACCCCAAAUAUCCAUAUAUUGAUCUGUUUGUAAGUUAUGCUAGAGACCUCCUGUUCAAAAAUAGUUUCACUUACCCCAUGCGCUGUGUUAUUCCAGUUGGCCAUUUGUGCUAAAGAAGUCUAUUUUUGAUUGUAUUUCGAUGCCUGAGAUUGAGAUAAUCUCAAUUUGUGAUGCAUCUCAGCUUUCCAUUGAGAAUUACCCUUUUCUCUGGAGAGUUCUGAUUUAGCUAAUGAUUUCGGUGCCAGAAGAGCUCACCACAACAGAGCAGUUCUUCGAAGAUGGGUGCAGUUUUAUAGAAGUUCUGCCAUUAACACCAGCAUGCUGUCCGCAAUCUGUGAACUGAUGCUGGGAGAUCUGACUUUUGCUUUUCAAUAUAACACCAGAAAAAUGUCUGGCAUUUUUGCUGCUGGUAAUUGCUCAAGCUCCGCUUCCUUCUUCCCAAUGUGAGUGUGUUGUCCAUGGAGCUAUGCGUGUGUUGGGGGAUUUCCAGUCAUCUGAUUGUCUAAAAUAAUGCAAUCCUUGUUUUUCCAGGUUUUUAAGGAGUGUGUUAUGAAUAGGAAAGUUCCUUCUGAUUGUGGACUGGGAGGUGCUUUUAGUUGGCAUGUCAGUUUUGGAUUCCUGUAGAGGAAGGAGAAGGGGACGGACAGCAAUGGAGUAUAUGAGCACUGACAGUGACCAGAAAGAGGAGAUUGACUUACUGCUAACAGACUUAAAUGUGUCUGAUGUGAUCGACAUCAUGGAUAAGCUUUACCCGAAUGGAGACCUGGACGUUUAUGAAGAUGGCCUCCUCACACUGCACCCGGAGAAGAACAAAAACAAGGAACGUGCAGACUCCUUGCUGUUCAACAGGAGAGAGGUGUCCUUGUUGUCGUCCGUCAAGUAUGGGACCGUGGAAGACUUGCUUGUGUUCGUGAAUCAGGUGUCCAACAUGGCAAAGCAGUUUUGCCGGCCCAGAAGACAAGAGUCCGGGAUCCUAUUAAAUAUGAUCAAUCCCAAAAAUGGACGCUAUCGGAUUGACUCAGACGUGCUCCUGUUCCCAUGGAAGCUCGCCUACCAAAAUAUUGGGACUGACUUCAUUCCACGAGGAGCAUUCGGGAAAGUCUACUUGGCCCAAGACACUGAAACCAAAAAGCGGAUGGCUUGCAAACUGGUGCCAGUGGAGCAGUUUAAGCCAUCAGAUGUUGAAAUCCAGGCCUGCUUUCGCCAUGAAAAUAUUGCUGAGCUGUAUGGGGUCAUCUUGUGGGAUGAGACGAUCCACCUAUUCAUGGAGGCUGGAGAAGGAGGCUCGGUCCUGGAGAAGGUGGAAAGCUGUGGGCCCAUGAGAGAAUUUGAGAUCAUCUGGGUGACGAAGCAUAUCCUCAAAGGCCUUGAAUUUCUUCACUCCAAGGGCGUUAUACAUCAGGAUAUAAAACCAAGCAACAUUGUUUUCAUGUCAACCAAAGCAGUUCUGGUGGAUUUUGGUUUAAGCGUUCAAACCACGGAGGAUAUUUACUAUCCCAAAGAGCUCCGAGGAACAGAGAUUUACAUGAGUCCAGAAGUGAUCCUCUGCCGGGGCCACACCACAAAGGCUGACAUCUAUAGCCUGGGAACAACCAUCAUUCACAUGCAGACGGGCGUCCCGCCAUGGGUGAAUCGCUAUCCUCGCACGGCAUACCCUUCCUACCUGUAUAUCAUCCAUAAGCAAGCCCCACCCCUGGAGGACAUUGCUGAAGACUGCAGCAGCAGCAUGAGAAAGUUCCUGGAAGCUGCCCUGGAAAGGAACCUGAAUCAGAGGCCCUCGGCCACGGAGCUGCUGAAGCAUGAGGCUUUGCACCCGCCGAGGGAGGAGCAACCUCGAUGCCAGAGCUUGGAUUCAGCCCUCUUUGAAAGGAAAAGGCUGCUGAGCCAGAAGGAGCUGGAACUGCCUGAGAACAUUGCUGAUUCUUCAAGUCUUGGGAUUACUGAAGAAUCAGAACUGCUAAAGAGACAGCGAUCACUGUACAUAGAUCUUGGAGCAUUAGCUGGCUACUUUAACCUUGUAUGAGAACCAACAACAUUUGAUUAUGAAUAAAUCUGAGAAUCUCCAGUGAUGGACAGAAGGAGAUCUUUUCUCUUGUACAGCUUUGUUAAAGAAGAAGAAAAAGAUGAAGAAAAAGAGUGCAAUGCUUUUUAUCACUAGAAGGAUUUUAUAAAGCUAAGCCUUUGGGGAGUGCUGACUAAUUACCACUAACGAGCAAACAAAACAACGGAAAGUUACUUGUUCUGGGGAAAAUAUUGCUUCUUGGCAUCUGAUAAGUACGCAUCUUUUGAAUGCAUACAGCAUGUUGUAUUCUAGUCAGUCCUGCAUAGAGGAGAACUGUUCAGCAAAGAACAACAACCCAGAGUGUGGACUGAGUAAGGAUUGUUGUUAAACCAUGGGCUCUCAUUAUGUUACAAUCCUCGUACUAUGGUUUAACUGGAACAGAACAGAUAAUUGUUGGAUUGUUUGCAGUUAACAACCUAUGGUUAAGUCAUGGUGCAGAGUUCACACAUAAUGACAACCCACAAUUCACCCACCAACCUAUAUUCUAACCAUACUCUUGAUUGUCAGUAUAUGCAAACCAGGUCACGGGAAUGAAUGAGACUUAAGUUAGAUUAAAAUUGUGUAUAAAUAGGCACAUGCCAGUCCAUAUAUAAGAAAGCAAUAUGCAUUAAAAAUAGAGACCUGGUUGGUGGGUCAGAAUAGGUAAGUUAAGGAUAUGUCUGGAUCUCCCCCCAGCCCGUGCUGGCUUGGUGAACUUUUCUAAUUGAGAUUUAUUAAAGUGCGUAAUAGAUCAGUUCUGUGGUUGCUUGGUAACAGAGAGCAAGCUUCAUAGCUAUGUGGCUUUCGGUAGAGACGCCCUGACUUCUCUCCACUCAGAAAAUCUGGUUUGUAGCAUUAGGUUGCCUUUGCAAAGUAGGACUGAGGCUAGUUGGAAUGCAGACUCUCCUCUGUCCACUCUCAUCUGGCCCUCCUCAUCCUGCAUAUUUUUGCUUCAACCAAGAGCCACAGACAGGAGGUUCUCUAGUCCUCCACACCCAGCCUCCCACUUGCUCCUAUUAAUUGCUUGUUUUCGACGCCAGGGAAGGCAGCUCACUGUUGCUUCAAUCUUUUUUCGGAACCUCCUUUAGGUUCCUUACCAUACUUCUCAGGCUUUCUUGAUGCUAUUUCAUUGCGCUCACUGGGUCCUUUGGGCUUGGACACAUUGUGAGUUGCUUUGUUGGCCCAAGCUCAUGUGGGGAGGCUCAGAGCUGAUGUUUUUUUCUUGACCCAAGUUGGAAUGCUAGGACAGCAUUUGCAAAUGCUGCUAUGUAAGGCUUCUGGCUCACAUCAAAGUCCUGAAUAUCUUUUACCAGCUGACUGACUCUGGUGGCUUUUGAACAGAUUCUUAGAAUCAGCCAUCAGUCUGUUGAGCAUAUGAAAGGUUUUUAUGACUUAGGCUGCUAUGGAGAAAGUGCUGGAACUGGCGUCCUAGAGUUGGCCAUCUUGGGUGAAGUUUUCUGGAAUGUUCUCAAAGCUCAUCAACAUGGAUGGCAGUUGUGCAAGAGCAUGGAAUAUGCUCUGGCAUAUCAACUGAAAUGGUUUUUAGAUCACAAAGAAAUAGUAAUUGCAAAUGUAAGGCAUUUGGAGUAUGUUAGUAGAAGAAUAUUGCACAAUAUUCAGAGACUGAUGCCAGUUCUGAAGAUGGGUUAAUUUAUGACAGUGGGACUCCAUGUUUUAAGAAGAAAAACAUGUGUUUGAAUGUCAUGAAUUAUAAAUUAAUAUAAGUUCCUAUGGAAAAAAGACAUCCUUUGCUGUUGAAGAUACUGAAUAUAUUUAAAACACUUUGUUUUGGAUGGCAGUAAAAUUGUUUCAAGAACAUCUUUUGUUACAUCCCAUGGGAUGAAUCUGUAAACUUUUAUAAAACAAUCCAGUACUGUUUUAAUCACUGUUGUGUUUUUAAAGUAGCAUACUAUGUAUGUUGUAAAUAGAAUUCUUCAUAAAGUGACAAUGCUUUUGUAUAUAUUUGUUUAACAAUAUAUUUGUAUUAUUUUCUUCCGGUCCUGAUUCUAUUAGAAAGCAAUCAAAUAUUUGAAAUAAUAAAUCCAGGAGUUUCUUCUAA